AUGGACGUCGAAGAGUCACCCUGGGCCGACUCGUCUCAGGCCGCCAAGCAGGCGUCCCAACCCGAUGCCGCAUCCGCUGCGCAAUCGACUGCCUCGCCCGCUCCUCCAGCCGCCUCUUCUUCGUCCACUCCCCGGCCCUCGCGCGGCCCGCGUCGCCUCGUCGCCCAGCCCACCCGCCUCGAAGCCGUCGACGAUCCCCUCGGCCCUCUCGGCGCCGUCUCCGACGACAAUGCCCCCGCCCAGGACGCUCCUCCGGUGCCUCCGCAGAAGGAGCAGAUGGUGAUCCGCACCACCAUGCCGCCGCAGCAGCAACAGCAGCCGGCUCGACGACCCGCGGACCCCCAUCGCAUCGACGAGGAUGAGUUUGACGGGCCUCGUGGACCGCGCCCGCCGCCUCCCGUCGAGGUGGCGACGCCCAGCAGCGUCCGCAGCAGCACCCAGCCCAGCGUCAGCGUUGAGCAGGCCGCCAAGCCCAUGUUCCAGAUCAGUGUUGGAGACCCGCACAAGGUUGGCGAUUUGACUAGCUCUCACAUCGUCUACUCUGUGCGAACCAAGACCACCUCCAAGGGGUACAAGCAGCCCGAGUUCGAGGUCAAGCGCCGGUACCGUGACUUCCUCUGGCUCUACACCACUCUCCACGGCAACAACCCUGGCAUUGUUGUGCCGCCUCCCCCCGAUAAGCAGGCUGUCGGCCGCUUCGACAGCAACUUUGUCGAGAGCCGCCGAGCUGCUCUGGAGAAGAUGCUCAACAAGACUGCGAUCCACCCGACCCUGCAGCACGACGCCGACCUCAAGCUGUUCCUCGAGAGCGAGUCGUUCAAUGUCGAUGUGAAGCACAAGGAGCGAAGGGAGCCUAUUCCCACUGAAAGCAAGGGCAUGUUCGGGUCUUUGGGUCUCAGCGUGGGCGGUGGCAACAAGUUUGUGGAACAGGACGAUUGGUUCCACGAUCGGAAGGUCUAUCUCGAUGCGCUUGAAAAUCAGCUCAAAUCCCUACUCAAGGCCAUGGAGACCAUGAUUGGCCAACGCAAGAUGAUGGCCGAGGCGGCUGGCGACUUCUCAGCGUCGCUACAUGCCCUGUCCACGGUUGAGCUGUCGCCCUCUCUCUCUGGACCUCUCGAUGCCCUCUCCGAGCUUCAGCUUACCAUCCGCGACGUCUAUGAACGCCAGGCUCAACAGGACGUCCUGACUUUUGGCAUCAUCAUCGAGGAGUACAUCCGGCUCAUCGGCUCGGUUAAAAUGGCCUUUACCCAGCGCCAGAAGGCCUUUUACUCGUGGCACUCGGCGGAGUCAGAGCUUCAGAAGAAGAAAUCCACGCAGGACAAGCUGCUUCGACAGGGAAAGAGCCAGCAGGACCGUCUUAAUCAGAUGGGUGCCGAGGUCAGCGAGUCGGAACGCAAAGUGCAUCAGGCUAGGCUUCUGUUUGACGAUAUGGGCCGGCUGAUGCGCAGCGAAUUGGAUCGAUUCGAGCGAGAGAAGGUGGAAGAUUUCAAGAGUGGUGUUGAGACAUUCUUGGAGGGCGCGGUUGAGGCGCAGAAGGAGCUCAUUGAGAAGUGGGAGACGUUCCUGAUGCAGCUGGAUGCAGAGGAUGACGAGGCCGUCUUUUACCGACCGCCUGUGAACCAGCAGCAGGCCAAGCCCGCCGGCGAUACUGCUAUUGACAGAGCCCGGGCAAGGAUACAUGAGGAUUCGGACUAG